AUGACAUCCAAAUGGGUUCCACUUGAAGCGUCUCCAGAUGUAUUCAACGCAUGGUCCGAACCCCUCGGAUUACCUGAGACGUUGACGUUCCAAGAUUUGUUUUCGCUCGAUAAAGAAUUUUUACAAUUCAUCCCUCAGCCACAUCGAGCUGUUUUACUGCUUUUCCCCUCCAGAGGUAAGCUGCAUGAUGAACGUGAGAGGGAAGAGAAGGACGGCGAAGGUUCAUGGAAAGGUCAAGAAGAGGGCGAAGGGGUUUGGUGGAUUAAACAGACUAUCCCAAAUGCAUGCGGAUCAAUAGGUCUUUUACAUGCUUUACUUAAUUUACCAUCAUCAGGUCCAGAUGCUUCAAAUCCAGAUUCUCAAUUGAUGAAAUUCAAAAAGGAAAGUUUACCUUUAUCUCCACUUGAUCGAGCCAAACUCCUCGAUACAUCAGAAUUCUUCUCAACGGCACAUACAUCAGCAUCUCAAUCUGGACAAUCCGCUAUUCCAGAAGAUCUAGAUGUCGAUACUCAUUUUAUCGCUUUUAUAGAAGCUGUAAAUGAUAAAGGUGAAAAACGGAUUGUCGAACUUGAUGGUGGUAGAAACGGUCCGUUCGAUAGAGGUCAAAGCGUCAAUUUCCUCGAGGAUGUCGCAACUGUCGUUCAAGAGAAAUACUUUGAUAGGGCAGAAGGCGAUACCAAUUUCAACAUGAUUGUCUUGGCUGGACAACCAGAAGACUAA